AUGGAUGGUCCUACGUUUAUGGUCAAUUUGGUGAAACCGGAAGAACGCGAUGAUUUCAUUUAUGCGAAGAAACAUUAUAUGAGCCUAGAUGCCAAGCAUUACAAUAGAGCAAACCCGAAUGAUAAACCAAAACAGCAAAAGAAACUUUCGCGAAAGGAGAUUAAAGAAAUGGGUCUAUACACUUUACCACACGAUACGGUAAAGUACAAAGACGCAUUGAAGCUACAUAAGAUGUGGUGCGGAUAUUAUGAUACACUCUUCCCAUCGGACCAACUACCGGUCGUGACAGAAUCUAGAUAUAAUACUGUCGUGGCUAGCUUGCUGAAGGCAGACUAUCAUGGAGCGAAAAUUCACAUCGUGCGAUCGAAACAGUCCAGCGUAGUAGGAAUGAAAGGAAUCGUAGUACUGGAUACGAAAGGAACCUUCAAAAUGGUGUCGAAGGACAACAGGCUACGUACCAUACCAAAAAAUGAUUCUCAGUUCGAGGUUACCAUUCGCGACAAGGUGAUCACAAUUUUCGGAAAACAUCUCAACGCUCGGCCCGCCGAACGUUCUGUGAAAAAAGCAAAAACAUUUGCUCUUCCUGAUCUAUAA